UUUUCUUGAAGUAACCCCACAAGCCGCAAACUUUCAGUUCUUCCCUUUCAUCAACUCCCCAUUAUUAUGAGUCUACACAAAAUCAAGAAAUAGUUCAACUGAGCAUAGAACAAGUGAAUCCUGUUAUUGCAAAGAAAUCAUCUCAAAUAUAUUUUUCUGGAUGGCGGUUGUAGAGCCUUCCCCCUCGUUGGAGGUUUUAGUAAGAGAACCAGAGGGCUUUUUUAUUUGGAAUGGACCUCCUUUCUCGAGCGGUGAACCUGGUGUCAAGCUGGAUAGGAUUCCUUGUACCAGUACAAAGUUUAGUGAUGAUGGGUCCAAACUUAUGGUUACAAAAUCAGACUCCAUAAUUAGCGUUUUUGAUAGCAAAACCUUGAGAGAGAUUAGGUCAUUCGAUGUUCCAAACGUUCUUGCAGCUGUUAUAUCUCCUUGUGGGACUUAUCUUCAGACCUUCCAGAAAUGUUCAUCUCCUCAGCAUAAGAACGUAAUCUUGUGGAAAAUUGAAAAUGGUGAAUCUGUUUACCAACUCUUCCAGAAAAAUAUGACUAAAGUUACAUGGCCUUCAGUACGUUUCAGCUCUGACGAAAGUGUUGCAUGUCGAUUGGCAACAAAUGAGAUCCAAUUUUUUGAUCCUAAGGAUUUCUCUAAGGAAUUCGUGAACCGGCUUCGAGUGCCUGGGGUUGCUGCAUUUGAGCUUUCUAAGGCCCCUGGAUCUUAUGUGGCUGCAUUUGUUCCAGAAUCCAAGGGAAUGCCAGCCAGUGUUCAGAUAUACGCUUGUGCAAAGGACUUACAAGGUCAAGCUGUUGCUCGACGUAGCUUCUUCCGCUGCUCAACUGUGCAACUGAGCUGGAAUUCUGGUUCUACAGGGCUCCUAGUGGUGGUCCAAUCAGAUGUUGAUAAAACAAACCAGAGCUACUAUGGAGAAACAAAACUGAACUACUUGACUACUGAUGGGACCCAUGAAGGGCUUGUGCCUCUCCGUAAAGAAGGCCCUAUUCAUGAUGUUCAAUGGUCCUAUUCGGGUAAAGAAUUUGCAGUUGUUUAUGGAUUUAUGCCUGCUAUGGCCACGGUGUUUGACAAGAAGUGCAAUCCUCUACUUGAGCUUGGAACAGGCCCAUACAACACUAUCAGAUGGAAUCCGUUGGGGAACUUUAUCUGCUUGGCAGGUUUUGGUAAUUUACCAGGAGACAUGGCAUUCUGGGACUACAAGGAAAAGAGGCAGCUUGGAACUACAAAGGCUGAAUUGUCAGUGACAAGUGAAUGGUCUCCUGAUGGUCGGUACUUUAUGACUGCCACAACAGCUCCACGGCUUCAAGUCGAUAAUGGGGUUAAAAUCUUUCAUCACAAUGGAUCAUUAUACUUCAAGAAGAUGUUUGAUAGAUUGUAUCAGGUUGAUUGGAAGCCAGAAUCAGUUGAAAAAUUUGGUGAUGUUGAAGACCUUGUGAAGGCAGUUGGCUCUGUGAAAAUAGAUGAAGCUAAAGCGCCAGGGAAAGGAUCAAAAGCUACCCAGACCAUUCCAAAAGCUACACCUGUCAAUCCUCCUGCAGCAAAACCUGCUGCUUAUCGUCCACCUCAUGCCAAGGUUGCUGCUGCAGUUCAAGCAGAGUUAUUUGGAGGAAGUUCUUCAGGGGAGCUGAGCAAGAAUGCAUUGAAAAACAAGAAAAAGCGGGAGAAACAAAGGGAGAAAAAGCAAGCUGAGGCAACCAGUGGUUCAUGAUCAGAGGCAACUCUACUGAACACUGUCUUGACACAUGCAUGAGGGGCCUAAAGCAAGAAGAGGGUUUCAUGCACCAUCAUACGUCCCUGGGAUAUAUUUGAUUUGGUUUAAUAUUAUCAAAAAUAUGGCGUAGUGCAUUAUAUAAAGCAAAUUUUGAUUCAUAUAUUCGUGUUCAAAAUAUAGGUUUCUGCCCUCUGCUAGAUGUUAGAGCUGAAAUACAAUUUGCUCGUUUCUCAAGUCAAAACACUGCUGAGCUGCUAGUCAUAUAGGCAGGUAGCUUGUGACAGAAGGCAAGUGCUUCUCUUUUUUGAUA